UCAAAAGUUAAUUCCGGUUGUCACUGCUAGGUUAACUUCCUUUUACUGUAGUUCUUUCUAAAAAUGGCACCCGCAAAGCCAAAAUCAGGGGAGAAACCCGCUGCAAAGAAGGAAGAGAAAAAGAAGCCAGCAGCUUCGGCUUCCACCACGUCUGCUGCUUCUUCGUCCUCCAAAACGCCAGCUGCUGCCCCAAAAGCAGCCAAGGCCGCUGGAGCUAAACCUGCUGAAAAAAAACCAACCUCGAAGACCCCAGCACCUAAGCCAGCUGCGGCCAAGCCAGCUGCAGGAGCCAAAGCUGCCCCGGCUAAAGCAGCCAAGCCAGCCGCUAAGGCUGGAGCUAAGGCUGCCAAGCCAGCAGCCAAGGCUGGAGCCAAGCCCGCUAAAGGUGCUGCAGGCAAGAAACCCGCAAAGGUCGCUGGUAAAGUAAAGGUACCACCAAAGCCUUUGUUGGCCAAACCUAAAAGGAAUGUGCCGGUUAAGCAACAAAAGGGAGUCGCUGCUGGCAAGAAAACCGCCGUAGCUCAGGUGGCCAAGGCCUUGAAAGUGCAAAAAAAAGUGAUCAAAGGACCCAAUGGAACGAGCACGCGUAAAAUCCGCAACUCGGUGCACUUCCACAGGCCGAAGACCUUGAGACCGCCUAGGAACCCGAAAUACCCCAGGAAAUCCGUUCCCACCAGGAGCCGCAUGGACGCUUACAACAUCAUCAAGUUCCCGUUGACCACCGAGGCGGCCAUGAAGAAGAUCGAAGACAACAACACUCUAGUCUUCUUGGUGCACACCAAGGCCAACAAGCACCACAUCAGGGCGGCCGUGAAAAAGUUGUACGACAUCAACGUUGCCAAAGUGAACACUUUGAUCAGGCCCGACGGCAAAAAGAAGGCGUACGUCAGGUUGGCGAGGGACUACGACGCCCUUGACGUUGCCAACAAAAUUGGCAUCAUAUAAGUUGUUUUGUCUUCAAAUUUGUUUUUGUACAUUUUGACGCAUUAAUAAAAGUUGGAGAUAAAUAUAUUAGUUUUA